AUGAGCCGUGCUCCACCGACCCCAAUCAAAAAUCCGGCAAAGAAAUGGAAGCCACCAUGGGAGAGUGUCGAUGAAGAAGAAGAAAUGGAAGUGGACGAAGAAACACCAGCGCCAUCAAAAUUAGAGAAAAAGCCUAGUUUGAAACGAAAAGAUGCGCCAACGAAACCAGUUCCAUCGCCGGGUGCCCCAUCACCUGUUCCAAUCAAAAAUCCAGUGAAAAAGUGGAAGGCUCCUUGGGAGGAUGAUGAACCAAUGGAAGAAGCACCAGCUGCACCGGUACCCGCCAAAAAGGUAAGAGAUCCUUCUCCAAAGAAAGUUCCUGCAAAACCUAGAGAUGCAUCCCCAAAGAAAAUUAUGGCGGCUAAAAAAGAACCGGAGACGCUACCAGCAGUUCCACCGACUCCAGUAAAGAACCCAGUGAAAAAGUUUAAAGCACCUUGGGAAGACGACGAAGUUGAUGUGGAGGAUGUCAAAGAUGCUCCAACAGUUCCUGCUAAGAAGACUCCUGUUCUCAAAAAAAAAGAACCAGCCGCUGCUGCAAAACCAAGAGAUCCAUCACCAAAAAAAGCAGCACCAAGCAAAGAACACGACCCAAUAGUUCCACCAACUCCAAUUAAAAAUCCAGCAAAAAAAUGGAAACCACCAUGGGAAGAUGAUGAAGUUCCGACUGAAGAAAUUAAAGAACCCGAGCCAGCUACUCGAAAAGUCCCUGCAUUAAAGAAAAAGGAGCCAUCAACUUCUGUUAAGCCUGUCAGCGAUCCAUCACCAACCAAAAAAGUUCCUGUGAAAAAGGAACCCGAGGUUCCACCAACACCGAUUAAGAAUCCAACAAAGAAGUGGAAACCUCCAUGGGAAGACGAGACUCCAGUUGAAGAAGUGAAAGAACCACCAGUGCCGGAGAAGAAAGCACCAGUUUUAAAAAAGAAGGAUCCGGCACCGGCUGCAAAAGCAAGAGAUCCAUCACCAUCAAAAGCUGCACCAAAAAAAGUUGAACCAAGUUCACCUGUGGUUCCGCCUACGCCAGUGAAAAACCCUGUGAAGAAGUACAAACCACCAUGGGAAGUGGACGAUGAACCAGCUGAAGAAGUCAAAAAACCUUCAGCACCGGAGAAGAAAACCCCUGUUUUGAAAAGAAAGGAGCCCGAACCUAGUUCAACAACUCCUUCAAGCGAUCCGUCACCUAAAAAAGCAGCUCCUGCAGUAAAACCGAGAGACUCCUCUCCCAAAAAGGCUACACCUCUUCAAGCGGAUCCCAAAGCACAAGAAGUGCCACCAACCCCAGUGAAGAAUCCUGUGAAGAAAUAUAAACCACCAUGGGAAGUAGAUGAUGAAGAUCCUGUUGAAGAAGUGAAACAACCAGAAGCUCCGGCAAAGAAAACUCCAGUUCUCAAGAGAAAAGAACCUGCCGCAAAAGAUACUGCAAAACCGGCGACAUCGAAAACUCCGGAAACUCCUGAAAAGAAGGAUCCGGUGAAACCACGAGACUCUUCUCCAAAGAAGGUAGCUGCCAAACCGGACUCUGCUCAAGCUCCUGCCACUCCUGUCAAAAAUCCAGUUAAGAAAUGGCGUCCACCAUGGGAAGAUGACGAAACUCCUGCUGAUGAUGUUUCGAAGCCGACAGAUGCUAAGAAAACUCCUUCCCUCGCGAAAAAAGAUCCAGCUCCUGCAAAAGAGUCACUAAAACCAAAAGCAGAUACCAAAGCUCCAGCAAAACCCAGAGACCCGUCUCCCAAAAAAGUUGCACCAACUGCUCCAGAGAAGAAAACACCAGUUUUGGCAAAAAAAGAGCCAGCGGGUCCAGCCGACAGUAAGACUAAAGAGCCAGAAAAGUCUAAGCCACGGGAUCCAUCACCAAAGAAAGCGGUACCGGCAAAACCUGUUCCAAAAACUGAAGUAGCACCUGCGGCUGUUAAAAAACCAGAACCUAUUUCUAAACCGAAGGACACAGCACCAAAAAAAGCGGAACCCAACUCACCCGUUGUUCCUCCAACGCCAGUGAAGAACCCGGUUAAAAAGUGGAAGCCGCCAUGGGAGGACGACGAUGCUCCAGCUAAACCAGUAAGUCUCCCAGAACCUGAAAAAAAGACUCCAGUUCUUGCAAAAAAAGCACCAACGAAGCCGGACUCGGAAGCAGCAGCGGAUCCUGUUAGUGGUCCUUCAUCUAAAGAUCCAAAAUUAGCAAAGAAGGCGCCUGUGAAGCCCAGAGACCCCUCUCCAAUGAAAGCGGUCCCAAUUAAACCCGCACCAAAAACUGAAGUACCACCAGCGGUAGUUAAAAAACCGGAGCCCGUUGCAAAAUCGAGAGAUCCAUCACCGAAAAAAGCAAAAGCUGAACCAAACUCUCCGGUGGUUCCUCCAACGCCUGUGAAAAAUCCAGUGAAGAAAUGGAAACCACCAUGGGAGGAUGAUGACGCUCCAGCUGAACCAGUAAAUGUCCCAGAACCAGAGAAGAAAACUCCAGUUUUGGCAAAAAAAACGCCUGUAAAACCAAGAGAUCCAUCUCCUAAGAAAGCGGUUCCAGCAAAGCCCUCAACAAAAACCGACGCCCCUCCAGUGAGUGUCAAAAAACCAGAGCCGGUAUCAAAACCAAAAGAACCAUCACCGAAGAAAGCGGAACCCAACUCUCCGGUGGUUCCUCCAACGCCAGUGAAAAAUCCAGUGAAAAAAUGGAAACCACCAUGGGAAGAUGAUGAUGAACCCACAGAAGAGGUGAAAAAACCAUCAGAACCGGAAAAAAAGACACCAGUUCUUGCAAAGAAGGAACCAGAAAAGCCAAAAGAUGCACCUAAAGUUGCCGCUAAACCUAGAGAUCCAUCGCCGAAAAAGGCUGUUCCUGAAAAAGAGCCAGCAAAGGUAGCGGCUAAACCAAGAGACCUGUCUCCAAAGAAAGCAAUUCCAAUUCCCGCCAAUACACAAGAAGCCCCGCCGACGCCGGUUAAAAAUCCAGUAAAAAAAUGGAAACCACCAUGGGAAGACGAUGAUGAACCAGCAGAACCCGUAAGUGCGCCAGAACCGGAAAAGAAAACACCAGUUCUUGCAAAGAAGGCUCCUGCUAAACCUAGAGAUCCUUCUCCAAAGAAAGCAGCUCCAGUCGCAGCAAAGCCAGAUCCCAAAAUUCCUGAGGUACCUCCGACUCCCGUUAAAAAUCCUGUGAAAAAAUGGAAACCACCAUGGGAGGAUGACGAUGAGCCAUCGGAGCCUGUUUCAGCGCCAGAACCGGAAAAGAAGACACCAGUUCUUGCGAAAAAAGCACCAACGAAGCCUGCUACAAAACCGGAUUCAGAAGCAGCAGCGGAUCCGGUUAGUGGUCCAACAUCUAAAGAUCCGAAACUCAGCAAAAAAGCACCGGUGGAAAAACCGAAACCGACUACUGAUCCAAAAGAUGACAAACUAAAACCUUCGCCAGCUAAAAAACCUGAGAAGGCACCGGAGCCGGCAGCACCGAAAAAAUGGAAACCCGUCUGGGAUGAUGAUCCGGAUGAACCAGAAGCAGAUUUCACAGUUCCAGCACCAAGUAAAAAACCGGAUACUGAAGAUCCAGCAGACCCUCUCGGUGGACCUAAAACAAAAGAUCCAAAACUGAACAAAAAAGCACCAGCUGAAAAGCCAACUGAAAAACCCAAACCAAAAGAAGUGUCAAAAGAACCACCGAAACCAACAGAGCCACCUAAACCAGCUGCGCCGAAGAAAUGGAAACCACCAUGGGAAGAUGAUCCAGAUGAGCCAGAAGCUGAUUUCACAAUGCCGGCUCCAAAGAAACCUGACACUGAAGAUCCAGCUGAUUCCCUCGGUGGACCCAAACCAAAGGAUCCUAAGUUAGCAAAGAAAGCUCCAGCUAAGAAGCCUACAGAAACUCCCAAACCGAAGGAAGUACCCAAAGAGCCACCUAAAGCUGCAGAGCCACCUAAACCGGCAGCGCCGAAAAAAUGGAAGCCACCAUGGGAAGAUGAUCCAGAUGAGCCAGAAGCUGAUUUCACAAUGCCGGCUCCCAAGAAACCAGACAGUGAGGAUCCUGCCGAUUCUCUUGGUGGACCCAAACCAAAGGAUCCAAAGCUAGCAAGCAAAGCUCCGGCUAAAAAACCUAGUGAGACGCCGAAACCAAAAGAAGUGCCAAAAGAACUACCAAAACCAGCAGAGCCAUCAAAACCGGCAGCACCCAAAAAAUGGAGACCGCCAUGGGAAGAUGAUCCUGAUGAGCCUGAAGAGCCUGAAGCUGAUUUUACCAUGCCAGCCCCUAAGAAGCCUGACACUGAAGAUCCAGCUGAUUCUCUUGGUGGACCUAAGCCAAAAGAUCCAAAGCUAGCAAAGAAAGCUCCGGCUAAAAAACCGACGGAAACUCUCAAACCGAAGGAUGCGCCGAAAGAACCACCAAAACCAGCAGAUCCACCUAAACCAGCAGCGCUCAAGAAGCCGCCAUGGGAAGAUGACCCAGAUGAACCUGAAGCUGAUUUCACAAUGCCUGCUCCUAAAAAGCCGGACACAGAAGAUCUAGCCGAUCCUCCCGGUGGACCCAAACCGAAAGAUCCUAAGUUGGCAAAGAAAGCUCCUGCUAAAAAACCGAGUGAAACACCCAAACCAGAAGACGCGCCGAAAGAACCACCAAAACCUGCAGAACCACCAAAACCAGCAGCUCCGAAGAAAUGGAAACCUCCUUGGGAAGAGGAUCCAGACGAGCCGGAAGAGCCGGAAGCGGACUUCACGAUGCCUACCCCUAAAAAGCCGGACACAGAAGAUCCAGCCGAUCCUCUCGGUAGACCAAAACCGAAGGAUCCUAAGUUGGCAAAGAAAGCUCCUGCUAAAAAACCGAGUGAAACACCCAAACCGAAGGACGCGCCGAAAGAACCACCAAAACCUGCAGAACCACCAAAACCAGCAGCGCCGAAGAAAUGGAAGCCACCAUGGGAAGAAGAUCCAGAUGAGCCUGAAGAGCCGGAAGCUGAUUACACGAUGCCCGCUCCUAAAAAGCCAGACACUGAAGAUCCAGCAGAUCCUCUUGGUGGACCAAAACCAAAGGAUCCCAAGUUGGCGAAGAAAGCGCCAGCGAAAAAACCAACAGAUAAGCCAAAAUCAAAAGAUGUUCCGAAAGAAGCUCCAAAACCUGCAGAACCACCAAAACCAGCAGCGCCGAAAAAAUGGAAGCCUCCAUGGGAAGAAGAUCCAGACGAGCCAGAAGAGCCGGAAGCGGACUUCACGAUGCCCGCCCCUAAAAAGCCAGACACUGAAGAUCCAGCUGAUCCUCUUGGUGGACCAAAAAAGAAAGAUCCCAAACUGGCUAAGAAAGCGCCAUCCAAAAAGCCGACAGAUAAGCCAAAACCGAAGGACCUUCCCAAAGAAGAGCCAAAGCCUGCAGAGCCUCCAAAACCAGCAGCGCCUAAAAAGUGGAAACCACCAUGGGAAGAAGAUCCUGACGAGCCUGAAGAACCUGAGGCGGACUUCACAAUGCCCGCCCCUAAAAAGCCAGACACAGAAGAUCCAGCUGAUCCUCUUGGUGGACCAAAGAAGAAAGAUCCAAAACUAGCGAAGAAGGCACCAGCUAAGAAACCGACAGACAAGCCAAAACCAAAAGAUGCUCCUAAAGAUGCGAAGCCUACACCAGAAGAACCAGCAAAACCGGUUGCACCAAAAAAAUGGAAGCCUCCAUGGGAAGAAGAUCCAGACGAGCCUGAAGAACCAGAGGCAGAUUUUACUAUGCCAGCUAAAAAGAAGCCAGACACUGAAGAUCCAGCAGAUCCACUCGGCGGACCAAAUAAAAAAGAUCCCAAGUUGGCCAAGAAAGCACCCACGAAAAAACCAGCAGAUAAACCGAAACCAUCUGAAGAGCCUGAAAAGCCAGUGGCACCAAAGAAAUGGAAACCGCCAUGGGAAGAAGAUCCAGAUGAUGAACCGGAAGCCGAUUUCACGGUGCCAAUAAAACCUGGUGAGGAUGAAGACGAACCGGAAGAUGCUGAUGAUGAAGAAGAGCCAGAGGAUGAACCUGCUGAGGACGAACCAAAGAAAAAAAAACCUAAAAAACAUCGCAAACGUCCAAAGAAGAAGAAACCCGUUGUAGAACCUGAGAAAGAACCAACGCCAGAGCCUGUUGUGCCGAAGGCACCGAAAUGGAUUGCUCCAAUUAAAAAACCAGAAGAACCAAUUCCAAUGCCACCAAAAGAAAAGACGAUAGCAGAGAGAAACAAGGAGGAGAGGAUACCUCCAGCACUUCGAUAUGCUAAAAAACCAAGAGAACUAGAAGUAUACAUUCCAUUUGUCAUUCCAUGGGAACAAACUGCGGCUUUAAUUACACAGGAAGGUAUGGGGGCUUUCGGUAAGAGUAGAGCCGCAAAUGUGGAAGUCAACUUUGGAGACAAGCCUAUUGUGCAGGGAGCGGUCGAUUCAAAAACUGUUAUUCCACUGUGGAAUGACGAAUCAAAAUGUGCCAAUCGUAGUGGCAUGACGGCGUUUGGAGCACCUCGGGAAAUUGAUCAGAACGUUGUUGAUCAUCAUGUAUUUAAUUUGAUGGAUAAAGGAAAAAGUCAAGGUAUCAUUCCAUUAUUGGCUAAAGGAACAACUUAUCAUCCUCACGGCGAGUAUGGAACUAUUCGCAGACAGACUGCUGAUGUAAAGUACAAAGAUGGCUGGAAACCUGGAAUGGAUAGCGAAUCGCAUGGUUUUAUUUCUCGACAAUUCAUUGCGAAUUCAAAGGAAAAAGCUGGAAGUAACUUGUUGGACAAGAGGCGAACUAUUAUUUCGGAUGCACUGCCACAAUCCAAAGAGUGUGAAGCCAUGAUUCCAUUGAUGUUUGAUGGAAGAGCUGUAGAAACAAGAGAGGGCAGCGAGUUCGGAUCGUUCCGACCGCUGGUAACAAAUGCAACAGGAGGAUAUUUGAUGUCCUACGCAGAUGAGAUGAAGUGCAAAAAUAUUAUUCCUUUCCAGACUGCACCGUCGCUAGUCAGAUAAAAGGAAUUUCUCUCCAAUGUACACCACACAUGUUCAUUUUCCAUUUGAAAAUGUUUAUCAAUUCCUAUAUAUGAUUAGUAUUGUUGUUUGUAAUGUAGUCUACUUAUAAUCGUUUUCCUUGACUUUCUGACCGACGUUUUUCAAUUUAUCUAGUUUUGAUGUUUGUGUCUACAGGUGCUUAUAUUUUCUCCGAAUAAAAUUGCACGUUUUUG